AGCUCUAGAGAUCCACGCCUGAUUGUGAUCAUUCAGGAUCAGAUGAGAGCACGCGAGGCUGAUCUUCAGUUCAGUCUGUGGUCUGUGAUCUUGUGUUGGAGAUGCUGGAUCAUCAUCCGUGUGUGUCUCCGGUCAUCGAGGUUUUUAUUCCGUCUCUCAUGAGGGAAGUGGACGAGACGGGAAAGUUGCGCAAACUCUUCAGGUUGGAGAUUCUCUUCAAUGGAAGGAAACACUUUGUUUUGCGGAGACAUCAUGAAUUUCAGUCACUUCACCGGAAGCUGAGGAAAGUUCUCCACGCUCCCGAUUUCCCCAGUAAGAGAAAUCAGCACCUGAGAACCAAACCACUGGAGCAAAGACGGCUGGAACUCGAGGACUACAUCCAGGUGAUUCUGUAUCAAAAUGACGUUGUUCCUCAAGAGCUCCUGGACUUCCUCCAGGUCAAACAUUUUCAUUCGGCGAGCAAGACCUGCAGCUCUGAUCAAAACCAGUCAGAUGAGUGUCAAGGGCAGGGAUACAGAUUCCAGUUAUUCCAUCAGCGAGUUGUUGGUUUCUCGGCUGACCCUUACCAGCUUGAGUCCAGAUCAGGUCUCCCUGAUAUCGUGGCGGCCGGCGUCCUGCAGGGUUUUUACCCCAGAGACGUCAAAGUGAGUUUCAAAAAGAGCUGCGCUAAACCCAGAGGCCUCACCCGUGCACCAGAGCUGCCCGUGCAUCCCAGAAUCCCCAAUAUUACCAUACACAGAAGUAAUAUCAGCUCACUGCCAGAGUCACAGAGAAGAUGAGUGCUGUCCAGCAACUCCAUCUGCUUUAAAUGUGCCUUUGCAUGUUUAGAAUGAAUCUUUCAUGUUUAGGAUUGUCAUAUUUUAUUGUGUGUCUUGGUUAUUUUCAUUUCAAAAGCAAAAAAAUAGUCUAAUAAAGCACUGUGCCAACUGUAUUAUUGUGCACAAAAUAGAUUUAAAUCUAAAGUGCAUCUGCAAUUAUACAGCGUUUCAAUACGUUGUACUAAAUUUAAUUUAUUCUAUUUUUAAAAAGUUAUUAAAAUCUAGUUUUUGUGCAUAAUUUUAAAUUGCAUAAUAGAUUUAAAUGUAAAUGUUUUAAGAGCAUAUGCAUGUUAUAUGUCAUUGCAGUAUGCUGUAUUUUAGUUUUUCCCCACAUUGUAUUAAAAUGUAGUUUUGUUUAAUUUUAAUUUUCAUUAUUAUGCAUAUAUUCUGUCUUUUAAAAUUCAAUGUAAAAUAUAAACUUCAUGAAAAUCACAUUCCGGGUUUGCUU